GAGGUAUUUUACUGCUGUCUGGAGAUCAAAUUAUUGCUGUAGAAAAGAUCUUUUUUUUUUUUUCCUGUUUCAUUAACAGAUUAUUAUAAAGCAAUAAGCAUACAGGAGGAAAAGCAGACGUUCUACUUUGGGAGUUAAUGAAAGCAUGUCUUUUUUUUUUUUUUUUUUUGAAGUGUGGUCCUUUAAAAUCUUAUACCACUCCCCACAAACAAAAUUAUUCGGAAACGAUGAAAUAAAGAACUGUAUGAUUCCAGAGACAUCCCUAAGGACCCAGGUGUCAGGCUAUGUGAUGUCUUGUGAUAUCAUCGGAUCUUUUGGACUGGUUAGGGCUUAUUGAGAGCUGCAUUUCUGGAAAGCGUUGCAAGACUGAGGAAUAUCGGACUGCGAAUCACCGGGAACAACAGUUCCCUUGCAGCACAGAAGCAAUCUCUCUCCCCAUCUUCGCAUAUUCUGAUGGCAAAUCAAAUGGAAGAAAAGAGGAAGCAUGACUGCAGAUCGGAUCACUUCUCUUUGUGGAUUACAUUUUCAGUAAAAUGUAUGGAUCUAUCUUUUCCUUGUUCUUAUAUCUAGAUCAUGAGACUUGACUGAGGCUGUAUCUUUAUCCUCCAUCCAUCUAUGGCGAACUAUAGCCAUGCAGCUGACAACAUUUUGCAAAAUCUCUCUCCUUUAACAGCCUUUCUGAAACUGACUUCCUUGGGUUUCAUAAUAGGAGUCAGCGUGGUGGGCAACCUUCUGAUCUCCAUUUUGCUAGUGAAAGAUAAGACCUUGCAUAGAGCACCUUAUUACUUCCUGUUGGAUCUUUGCUGUUCAGAUAUCCUCAGAUCUGCAAUUUGUUUCCCAUUUGUAUUCAACUCUGUCAAAAAUGGCUCUACCUGGACGUAUGGGACUUUGACUUGCAAAGUGAUUGCCUUUCUGGGGGUUUUGUCCUGUUUCCACACUGCUUUCAUGCUCUUCUGUAUCAGUGUCACCAGAUACUUAGCUAUCGCCCAUCACCGCUUCUAUACAAAAAGGCUGACCUUUUGGACGUGUCUGGCUGUGAUCUGCAUGGUGUGGACUCUGUCUGUGGCCAUGGCAUUCCCCCCGGUUUUAGAUGUGGGCACUUACUCAUUCAUUAGGGAAGAAGAUCAAUGUACCUUCCAGCACCGCUCCUUCAGGGCUAAUGAUUCCUUAGGAUUUAUGCUGCUUCUUGCUCUCAUCCUCCUAGCCACACAGCUUGUCUACCUCAAGCUGAUAUUUUUUGUUCAUGACCGAAGGAAAAUGAAGCCAGUCCAGUUUGUAGCAGCAGUCAGCCAGAACUGGACUUUUCAUGGCCCUGGAGCCAGUGGCCAGGCAGCUGCCAAUUGGCUAGCGGGAUUUGGAAGGGGUCCCACACCACCCACCUUGCUGGGCAUCAGGCAAAAUGCAAACACCACGGGCAGAAGAAGGCUACUGGUCUUAGACGAGUUCAAAAUGGAGAAAAGAAUCAGCAGAAUGUUCUAUAUAAUGACUUUUCUCUUCCUAACCUUGUGGGGCCCCUACCUGGUGGCCUGUUAUUGGAGAGUUUUUGCACGAGGGCCUGUAGUACCAGGGGGAUUUCUAACAGCCGCUGUCUGGAUGAGUUUUGCCCAAGCAGGAAUCAAUCCUUUUGUCUGCAUUUUCUCCAACAGGGAGCUGAGGCGCUGUUUCAGCACAACCCUUCUUUACUGCAGAAAAUCCAGGUUACCAAGGGAACCUUACUGUGUUAUAUGAAGGAGCAUCUGUAAAUCUUUAGCCUUGUGAAACACUAACCUUCUCUGCUAAGCAAUUGUGGCCUGUAGCCAUUUCUUGAGAAGAAAAUCAAGAAUGGGAUCAGCAGUCAUAAGGAUGUGGGCAACAUUCUGCAGUCUUUGCAAUAGUUCACCUAUAAUCCUAUUUUAAAUCUCAGAGUGAUCCUGCUGACUGCCGGCGAAGGUUUGUAAUUAAGAAAGGACUGAACCACUGCCCUAAGUUCCUUUAUGUGGUUGAAAAACUAGACAAUGAAAGUAGCAGGUGCUAAGUAUCAGUGCUAAAUGCUGUGUAUAUCACUACUUAUGAAAACAAAUCAAAAAAACCCAAUUAGCAUUGGACAUCUUAAUAAAUUAAGUUGACAUGAGGUAAAUGUGUUGAUAAAAACUAAUUUUAGAAGUUUGAAGACUUUAAAACAUUUCAUACUAUUAUUGUUUUGCAAGGACUAAAAUAUUUGGGGACUUAAAGUACUGUAAUUCACUAAAGAUAUGCCAUGAAUUACUGGAUUAUCACUUUAAAAAAAUCGCCUUGUAAGUUUUGGGGAGCAUUCCAAAGCAGUAUAUUGGUUCAAAAUAGAGUUUACUUUUUUUGUAUUAAUACAUUACUAUUUCUAAAUACCACUUUCCUUACCUACUAGUGAAAUUGCUAGCAUCAAACUGUAUUAUGCGGUUUUUGUUGAUUUGGUAUAAAGUUUUUUCCAGUUCAUCUCUAUUUUAUGAAUACUAGAUAUUGGACUGGGAGGCAACAUUAAUGGUACCAACUGGUCACAACUGAGCAGUUCUAAUAAUGCAGAAUAAACACAUGUUGCCUUAAAGGGUUAUCUAGUAUCUUUCAUCUUAUUUAGCAUUGGAGCAAAUUGGAGUCAAGGGAAAUCGAAUCAGGAACUGGUCAUGGUCAUGCCUCUGGAAGUGCAUGGGCGAUCAUUUAAUACUUUUUCCUUUUUCCUCACGUGGUUUGAAAAUUAAGGUGCACAUCACUGGGAUAAUGAGGUUUUCUUCUGAGGUGUGAUACCCAUUCUAGUAUGUUCUAAGAAGCAGGCAGUUGAUGUGUGUUUAUAUUUUAAGCCAGCUGUCAAGGGGAGACCACAGCCUUAGUAUGACAUCCUGCACAAUUUGUGAAGCAUUUAUUCUACUGAAGGCACAGUCUUGUUUAUACUUUCUGCACAUUCAGUGUAUUGGUCGUUUAAAUUAUUUCAGUUUUAACUUGUGAAAGCUUAUAAUAUGAUUUCUGGUAUUUUAGAAGUACAUUAGAGUCUGUGAGUCUCAUUCUUUAAGAUACAGAUGUGUGAAUUUCAAUAUAAAGUUGCAUUUGCCAAAAUUUACUUGUGUAGCCUGUUACUUUUUUGGAAUAAAUUUUACAUUUUUUGGCACUUAAUUUCUUUUUAUCUGGGAGGCAAGCACAAACUAGGAAGAUUAGCUUUAUUAUGGUUUCCUUUUUUUUCUUUUUGUAACUGCUAUAUUCUGGAAUUGGAAAUCAUGAAUGACAGGGAGCAUAAAGCUGAUUAAACUGACAAAUAAUAUCUUCAAAAGCAUUAUUUGGAAGCUAAUCAUAAUUAUCCCUCUAUUUAUUCUUACAAGCCAGUAAUAUUUAAAGAUGUGUACUUGCUUAGUUGAUUGGCUCAGAAUUUUAAUAUAAAUAUUACAUUUUAAUUUGAGCCACAGUAGAAAUUUUGGAUUCCGAAUAUAUGACUUGUAAGAAGAAUGGUUUACAAUUACAUAUGACAAAACCAGAAAAGUUGUUAUUGUUUUUGUUAAUUUUUCAUUGUUUUCAUUUGUUUGGAAUUUUUUUUUUUUGGUACUUGAAAAAUAAGAUUAGGAAUCUAAUGGAAUAUAAUUCUUUACUGUUACAGUGCUCUGUAAAGAAAGUAUAAACAUAAGUAAGGAAAAAUAAAUCACUAAAAUCUCAAUG